AUGGAUGAAAGGGGUGCAGUUUUAAGUGCCGGGGUGGUGUCCAACUGCGUGGCCCAGCUCGGGUGCUUCGGAACUGGACUUCACCACCCAUACUUCCAUUUGGCACUCCCUGGGCGCAAACUUGGUGACAUAUCUAUUUUGUGUAAGUAUGUUCACCUGCAAAAGCUGGAGCUGUCCAACAACAGAAUUACAGAUCUAUCUUGCGUCAGCCACAUGCCCUUCCUCGUCAUCCUGGAUGUGUCUUACAACGAAAUCUCGCAAUUCUUUGGCUUCGAGGCCCCCAAGAACUUGAAGGAGGUCAACCUCUCCCACAACUAUUUGACACAAAUGAAGGACAUGUCGGCCUACGAGGCGCUCGUCAGUCUCGAUCUGGACCAUAACCAACUGACGCAGAUCCACGGACUGGAGAAGUGCUGUAAACUGACCCGUCUCAGCGUGGCGCACAAUAGAAUCGCCAACAUCACCGGUCUGGAACGCGUACCGCUUACAUACCUCAACCUGAGGGGGAACCUGCUGACAAGCACAGAAGGUCUGGAGAACCUGAGGAGGCUGCAGGUUCUCGAUCUGUGUCUGAACCAGAUCAGCAGUCUUUCUGGCCUCAACAACCUCCACCUGCUGGGCUCUAUCAACCUGGAAAAAAAUCAGGUUUCUGAGAUCGAGGAGUGUAAACACAUUCAUCAUCUUCUCCUGCUGAGGGAUUUGAAUCUCUUUGGCAACCCCGUACAGAAGCAGCCAGAAUAUAGGCUGUCGGUGGUCUUCCUCCUUCAGCAUCUGACCAUGUUGGACCAAGAGCAAGUCACUGUUGAAGAGAAGGUGUUUUCAAUCAACAAGUAUGACCCCCCAAUGGAAGUGGUGGCAGCCAGAGAUCAUAUGACCCAGCUGAUGUAUCAUCUAAUGCAGCCUCAGCUUCUCUAUGACACAACUCUUCCCAGUAACGACGCUCCAUAUCCGAUGCUGGUUCUAACCGGUCCGCAAGGCUGCGGGAAAAGGCAGAUGGCCUACCGCCUGUGUAAGGAGUUUGACGAAUACUUCGCGUAUGGGAUCAGCCACACCACCAGGGAGCCCUACAUGGGCGAGAAGAACUGUAGCGACUACCAUUUUGUCAGCAAGGAAGAGUUUGAGUGUCUUGAACAGCGGGGUGUUUUUGUGCAGACUGUCACUCAUGGUGGGCACAGGUACGGUCUGAGCAGAGAUGCUAUCGAAGAUGUCGCGCGGGAAGGAUUGGCGUGCUGCGUGCAAAUGGAGCUGGAGGGCGUGCUGAGUCUCAAAAAGAGCAUCUUCGAACCUCGCUAUAUCCUGAUCGUCCCCACCAUGGCUGAUAACUACAGGGCCGCUUUGAGGACUCGCAACCGCUACACGGACGCCCAAAUGGAUGCAGUGGUGUCUCGCAUUGAGCUGUACACCAACUUCAACAGAAGGAGGCCCAACUUCUUCGACAACGUCAUCCGCUGCGAUUACUGGGACAAAGCCUACCAGGUGCUGCAGCGGGUAGUGAGGAACUACCUGUUGCUCGACAAACGGGAAGAAUGUAAGAUCCUCUCUGGUGAAAGUGAGCUUCCCGCAAAGCAGCGAAGGUCAGACUCAUCCGCAACCUCCCUCCCGGCCGCAGUCCUUGACCCACCACAGCCACUCUACAGAAACUAUUCCAACAAAACCCUGCAACAGCUCUUCCCCCACAAGACUCCAACAGAGCUAGUGUCCAUCUGCAGGCAGGAGCAGCCAGUGAGAGAGGCAGUAAUGGGGAGGAGUCCAGGGGUCUACAGUUGGCUCAUCAGAAGCUCAGAUGAAUCUCAGGGCCACUCUGCGGAUACGAUCAAAGGUGACAAGCUGCCGGACCAACUGGGAGUCGGACGUCCCAGAUCCGGCAUCAAACCAGUUCUGCCGCCGAUCCCGCCCGGACGAAAGACCCCGCAAGCCAACAGCCCACUGCCGUCGCCCAGACGUGGCCGCGUCCAGGCAGUCACGCAAAGAUAG